AUGGAAGCCGCGAAUGCCCACUAUCACAAUGGGCACGGCCAGCAGUCGGGCCCCCCAUUGCCUGCGUCGCCCACGCUCACGAACCCCGACAUGAUCUUGCCCGACUACGACGACCGCAGCGACUCCCCCGACCCCGACAUGAACCGCGCGAGCCACCCGUCGCUGAUGAUGUGGAAGAACGCGCAUGACUCCUCAACGGCAGGCCCCGAUAUCCAUCAGAUGUUUGUCGCCACGGGCCUGGCUGGGCCGCGCCCGUACGGCCCCGCCGGCCCCGUCACACCGACGACACCCAUCAUCUACGGGAACGGCACUAUGCUAUCCGACAUUGGGGAGGUCACCGAGGUCGAGAGCACGGUUGGGAAGCCCUCGCCGACGCGGACAAAGUCCGGCAUUCGCAGGCCCGGGUCUCCGACGCGUAUAGGCGUGAAUGACGUGGCGCGCCGGUCAUCACCGACCAUGGGUUCGUCGGCCGUAAGCAAAAAGAAGUCCAAGCAGAGCCUGACUGCGAAGCGCGAACGCCGGGGAAGCAUGGACAGCGACAGCACCAUCACGACGCAAGACCACCAAGGACUCUUCGCCGACUUCGACGAUUCCGUCAGCGUGGGCGAUAGCGUCUUUCAAGGGGACGACGAAGAGAGCAUGGCCUCGUCCUACGUCGAGGGGACCGCCGCCGUCGAGCCUGCCCGGCCGGGGGUGGCCAAGCCGGAUAACGUUGACCGCCUGUCCACAUACUCGACAACCUCGCUAAGCCGGCGUGCGGAGGAGAUCCUCGCGAAUGCAAAGAGAAGGUUGACGACAAUGGAGGGCAAUCUGACCCGAGCGCGUAGCUCGUUGCAAUACACGUCCCCGUACGGCUCUGACGGGUCGACACCCUCCCCGCCUCUCCAGAGAGCGGCCACGGCCAUGUAUCCGUUGGCAAAUGGAGCGGGUUCCAGCGCAUCUACCGCCGACUCCGCUCCGGGACACACGCGAAUGUCCAGCGAUGUCGCCAUGCGAAAUGGCCUGCCCUAUCGUGUUACGUUACCGAGAUCGCAGAGUGCGCUUGGAGCCGCUGGUGGCUACAGGCAGCCAUUGACGGCGUCGAGGAGCGUUGACUAUAUCCGCGGGGACAAGGAGGAGGAAUCCCAUCGCCGCACCCCCAUCGCGAAUUCCCUCCAGGAGACCGGCCUGAAACCGCUCACGGAGGCUGAAGUUGCCCGGCUUGGCGAAGCCGACAGCGCCAGCCAAAACGCGCGGCUUGAAGCCAACCCCCCGAGCAGGAACCCGUGGAACGGCGAGGAGUCAAGCGUGGAUGGUGACGCUAGGGAGCAUAAUACAGGGGACGAACACGCCGAGGGGAACGAUACGGAUUACUUUGAUGCAGAACAUGAGGUGCACCCCGAGCAAGCAACCGCCCGGGUCACAGACGCCGGAUCCCUAUCUCCUCCUGCUCCUGCUCUCGAAGCCGAGGGUGAAGUGCAAGACGACGGUUCGGACAUGCUCACGGAAAACGGUGACGUGGACGAGGACCAACAAGACGAAUUCCACGACGCCGAUGAGGCCGAUUACAUGAGCGAGAGCGGGGAAUCUCUCUAUCACGACACUGUUCAGCACCAGAUCUCGCACGAGGACCGUGAGGAUGCAUUCGACUACGAACACUUCUUCCUGCACAGCGCCUUGGGUACCAUGAGCCUGAGAAGGCGAGCGAGCAGCGAGAGCCUGACCUCGGAGGACUCGGUUGAGACGACGCGAGGCCCUGUGGCAAACGAGACCAAGAGCGACGACGGCAGCGCUGCGGAACCCCGUGUCUGGAGCAGGCGGAACAGCAGCAACUCGAUAUCGACCAUCGACACUUUCGCCACCGCUCACGAAGGUCGGUCUCUGAAAUCCCCCGCCCUGUCCGAGGAAGUUCCCAAUCCGCCCACCAGGACGAACGAGGGCUCUAUCAGAGCUGCCUCUGCCCAGAGCCACAGAUACCGCUCCGGAAGCACCGCGACAACCAAGAGGCGGUCCUUCAAUACUGGCAGCACACGCCCGUUGACCUCCCAGACGGGGGCUCGCGACAGCGACGGCUCCAUCUCCCCCAUCGCCGAGGAAGGCCGCUCUUCCUCGGUUGCCGAGACCCACGCGUCUCAAACGAGCCGUCGCCUGUCCGUGAUCCACCGCCCCAUCUCGACGGCCAGCUCCCUCCACCGGCCUUCGAUCUCCUCGUUCGACUCGGUUGGCACAAACCGCAGCUUCCCGCUGGUCAACAAGACCUCCCUCCCGGGCUCCAAGAAGGCGAACAGCACGGGCGUGCUCACGCCGCGCGACUCGCCCGACCAGGAGCUGAACACCAUCGCGAGCAGGCUGAUGAGCGACCUGGGCAGCGCAGCAGCCGAGCAGCAGCAGCACCACCACGGGGCCGCGGCGAACGGCGGCGGCGGCGGCGGCGAGGCCAAGAUGAUGGCCUUCGGCCCGCACCCGCUCGAGGCCCUCCUCAGGGAGGACAAGUACUUGGUCGAGCGGCUCGUCGCCAGCGUCGGCCGCUGCGUGCUCGGCCUGACCGAGAACGGCCGCGCCAGCGCCGAGAGCCGCAUGUACCGCCGCCGGCUCAACGCGGCGAUGCGCGUGCUGGAGGGGUUUGACGCCGCUGAUGACGACGCGGUGUGA